AUGACCCACUAUAUCCACUGCUAUGCCCAUCAGCUCAAUCUCAUAAUGCAACAGGCCACCUCUCACAUAGUCAAAGUCAAAAACUUUUUUUCCGACCUUGGUGGAUUUGCUGCGUUCUUUUCAAGAUCUUCCAAGCGGACCGCUGUCCUUGAUGAAACAGUGGCCCAUCGUCUACCGACAGCCAGCAACGUGAGGUGGAACUUUCGCAGCCGUGCCGUCAAUACUGUGUUUGAGUUUGAGCAUAAAGAUGACCUCAUUGAAUGCUUUGGAAGAAUUCGAGCAUCAGGUAGCUUUGAUGACAUGACCAGCCAAGAAGCAGGGGGCCACAUCAGGCUACUGGAGGAUCCUGAUUUCAACUUCUUCCUUCAACUGUUCCAUCGGAUAAUGCCACACGUGGACAUCCUCUAUGCCAAGCUCCAGAAGAGAAACAUAGAUUCAGUCCAUAUAAAUACAUGCAUCCAGCAGUUCCAAGAGAACAUACAAAAAAUCAGAGAUUCAAUCGAUGCAAUGGUGGUGGAGCAACGCAGUGGCUCUGAGCAGCCGAGGAAGCGCCGGGCUAUGAAGGAAGAUGAGCUUGGAAGGAUCGCUGCAGAGGUUUGUGACACCAUACUUGGACACACCAGGGAACGCUUUGCCUUCAAAGACCACCUCAUCAGUGCCACCUUACUGCAGAGCUGCCAGUUUGAAUGCUACGUCAAUGUAUUCCCUGAAGUUGCUCUGGCCACCACAUUGAAGGCCUAUCCAAUGCUCAACGGAAGAAAGCUGAAGACAGAGCUUAGCCUCAUCUAUGGCACAGAGGAAUUUCGAUCCUGUUGUGGUGCUGUGGAUCUUUUCCAGUUGUUCAUGGAAAAUUAUCUUUCGGAGACUGCAUCACUUGCUCUGAGCGUAUCGCUGAGGGUGGCUGCGUCGGUGUCGGAUGCAGAGGAGCACCGACUGCGCUGUGCUACUUGA